GAGUGAGUGAGUGAGUGAAUGAGCGAGAUAGUCAGAAUGUACAGCUACAGACAGGGAUGACGAUAUCUUGUGUCUGGUGCAAUUUGAUAACGGCAGUCAAAUUGGUUUUAAAUGGGACCUUUAAAUGAAGAAUCAAGGGCCCUGCUAUUGCUUAAAAUCGUCAGGGGAUUCCAGGGGGACCAUGUCAACUCUGCCGUGUCAUCUACCCAAGUCCAUUUUCUUUCUGCUUGACUCUACCGCCUCCGUUAACGUUAGUGAUGGUGAGCAUCUGCAGCGGCUAAAGGCAUGAGAGACAAUCGAAGACACCAGAGGCCUCGAGCUCAAGAAUCAGAUGCUGGCAGAGCACAAGUGUUCGCGAGAUAAACAGAGGCAGUGCUGCUAACAGCAACAAAGAUAAGCCCAUGCAGAAGCCAUAAUCCCUUAUUUUCUCACUUUUAUUGGGCCUGGCUUGCAGCCUGAAGCUGUUUUUUACUGGAUGAAAUGUGUAUAUUAUAGUGUAAGUGGUGUCAGAUAUUGAACACAGUGACUGGACUUUUAAACCUACACUUGUGAAUUCAGCCAGCUCAACAACAAAACACAAUGGCUUCCAAUGACCACAAGGAGACAGAGAAUGAACUGUCAGAACCCCUUCAAGCAGAUGAUGAGUUAUUGAGUCAGGAUGAGGACCCUGCUGGCAUUAACUUCAAAUCCCAAAGUUUACCUGCUCUGAAUGACUCAGGCCAGCAAAGCAAGUCCUUGUUGGCCAAGUCUAUGCAGCAGCAGGUGUCAAUAAUGGAGGAAAAGAGCGCUGAAUUCAUCCAACUCCCACAGAGGAUCAACCUGAACCAACCUCUACCUGAAUCCUCCUCCAGGACUAAUGUUAACUAUUCCCCUUCCAGUUCUAGUGUGGUGGGGAUGAGUAGUUCAUUUAACACAGAGACGCAGGUCAGCAAACCCAGGAGUAAAAACCCAACGAGACAAGGCUUCCUCACCUCGAGGUUACCCCUGAUGCGUUUACCCACUAGGAAAUACAUUAGUGCAAUUCUCGAAGACUCUCGCUGUUUUUUAUUCUGCAUGUGCUACCUGACAUUCAUUCAGUCACUGAUGGUGUCUGGCUACCUUAGCAGUGUCAUCACCACCAUAGAGAAGAGGUACAGCCUCCGGAGCUCUGAGUCCGGCCUGCUCGUCAGCUGCUUUGACAUAGGUAGUCUGUUGGUGGUGGUCUUCAUCAGUUACUUCGGAGGGCGAGGGCAGAGGCCCAGAUGGUUGGCCGUGGGUGCGGUGUUCAUAGCCGUCGGAGCAGCCCUCUUCUCCUUGCCUCACUUCAUCUCCCCUCCGUACCAAAUCCUGGAGGUGAACUCGUCCCGGGGCAACGAGGGCCUGUGUAUGAACAACAACGGCAGUGGCAAGGACUUCCUGGAUGUGUCCUGCCCCAGAGACCAGGAGGGUAAUGAACACAACCUGUAUGUGGCCCUGUUCAUCAUUGCACAGAUCCUGGUGGGCAUGGGGUCGACGCCCAUCUACACCCUGGGACCCACCUACCUGGACGACAACGUCAAGAAGGAGAAUGCCUCUCUUUAUCUAGCUGUCAUGUACGUGAUGGGAGCCCUGGGUCCAGCUGCUGGGUACCUGAUGGGAGGAGUUCUCAUCGGCUUCUACGUCGACCCCAAGACUGUCGUUAACAUCGAUCAGAGCGACCCUCGCUUCAUUGGCAACUGGUGGAGCGGCUUCCUGCUCUGUUCCAUCGCCAUGCUACUGGUCAUAUUCCCCAUGUUCACCUUCCCCAAGACGCUGCCUCCCAGAAACAAGAAGAAGAAGAAGAAGAGGAAAAAGAUCAGCCUGGACAACGUGUCCAGCGAUGAUGACAUCACCAAGGAGAAGACCGACAGCAAGAGCCAGAAGGUUACAUCAUCCAUGGGCUUUGGGAAAGACAUCAAAGAGCUGCCUAAGGCUGCAGUGAGGAUCCUGAGUAAUGUCACCUUCCUGUUUGUGAGCCUGUCCUACACUGCAGAGAGCGCCAUCGUCACCGCCUUCAUCACCUUCAUACCCAAGUUCAUUGAGUCGCAGUUCGGCAUCCCAGCGUCCAGCGCUAGUAUCUACACAGGUGUGAUCAUCGUGCCCAGUGCUGGGGUGGGUAUAGUCCUGGGGGGCUACAUCAUUAAGAAGCUGAAGCUGGGAGCCAGAGAGUCAGCCAAGCUGGCCAUGAUCUGUAGUGGGGUGUCUCUGCUCUGCUUCUCUACUCUGUUCAUAGUGGGCUGUGAGAGCAUCAACCUGGGAGGCAUCAACAUACCAUACACCACCGGUCCUACUCUGACUAUGACCCAUCGUAACCUGACUGGAGGGUGUAAUGUGAACUGUGGCUGUAAGAUCCAUGAGUACGCGCCAGUAUGUGGCUCAGACGGAAUCACCUACUUCAACCCCUGCCUGGCAGGCUGCAGCAGUGUGGGCAACGACAGCACAGGAAUCAGGAACUACUCUGACUGUGCAUGUGUCCAGAGCAGACAGGUCAUCACCCCCUCCUCUAACGGCCAAGUCAACCAGCUGCAGCUGGUCAUCGUCAAGACCUACCUGAACGAGAACGGCUACGCCGUGUCGGGGAAGUGUGACCGCACCUGCAGCACCCUGAUUCCCUUCCUCAUCUUCCUCUUCAUCGUCACACUCAUCACCGCCUGCGCUCAGCCCUCCGCCAUCAUCGUCACUCUCAGGUCAGUAGAAGAGCAGGAGAGACCCUUUGCACUCGGGAUGCAGUUUGUUCUCCUCAGGACCCUUGCCUACAUACCUACACCCAUCUACUUCGGGGCGGUGAUUGAUACCACCUGUAUGCUGUGGCAGCAGGACUGUGGCGUCCACGGCUCCUGCUGGGAGUACGACGUCACUUCCUUCCGCUUCGUCUACUUCGGCCUGGCCGCCAGCCUCAAGUUCAUUGGCUUCGUCUUCAUCUUCCUCACCUGGUACUCCAUCAAGUACAAGGAAGAACGUCUGGAGCGCUGGCUGAAACACCUCUCGCCCAUGGACACGGUCAGCAACCUCAUCUGCCACGCCGGGGGUCACAAGGGGCACGCCCGUACCCGCUCCUGUCCCGUUAAUAUACCACGCAACGAACCUCCCAUCAUCCCUGUCCUCAACAGGGGCCUCAGCAGCCAGAGCUGCCCGGGGAACAGCCUGAAGAGCCUGAAAGCAAUAACCCCGCCGGCCCCUCGCCCUUCCGCUCGCUCUCUGGAACAGGUGUCUGCCCGCGUCUGAGGGUUAGGUGAGGUUACCAACCAACUCCAACCGCCCUGCCAUCCACAGUCUCUGCAAUGUGUGCCUUUCUUACUCUGGGUUCUCACUUGUAUAGUAUUAUAGUAUACGUUCACACAUACACACUCGCGUUGCGCACACACACACACAGACAGGCACAAGACGUCACUCAGACAGAGAACGGUUGGUCAACAUGUAUACAGGAAGACACUGGGAUGGAUACCUCAGUUAGCUAAUCUCCCCUUCCCUCUACCUAGUAUGUUUGUGUGCUUUUCUCUUUAGUUAGUUUUUACCAUGGGAGUGAAUGCAUAUCAUCUCUUUGGAAAAGUGCACCUUCGAUACUUCUCGAGAACGAUCAUAAUGAUGGUAUUGUUGCAUGGUGCUAGGUGAAAAUGACAUGAAUAAUAUCCUUCAUUGCUCAGUUUUAGUGUUCAUUCUAAGACCUCAGCAGGACGAGGUGACUGAGGUAAGCAGCUUGGCCAGCGAGCAUAAACUAAAUCCUGUACUAUGCAAAAUAUUUUUAUUUUUGCCCUAUUAUACAAUGGCAAGCAGUAUUAAAGGCACACAGUGAACGUUGCCUUCCCUUUCCAUACAAUCUGGAAAUUUCAUUCAGUAUUGCCCCAGACCUACGUGUAAUAAUGAGUGGUUGACUUGGAAAGGAUAUGUCUGGAUCUUUUGGAAUUGGAACCUCUUUUGUGUGGCAACCUCAUAGACAGGCCCACAAAUACAUCCCUUGCCGUAGUUCUAUUUCAGACACACUUGGGCUUCAUCCCAAAUGGUACUCAAUUCCCAUGAUGACCCCCCUCAAUGUUGCUUCGUGUGCCAUGGGCUUAACAGAACGAAGGCAUCUUUUGCUUACCGGUCGCUAACAAAACUCCAAAUUUAAAUGACCAGGGCAAAAGUAGUGCACUACAUAGGGAAUAGGGUGCCAUUUGGCACGCAUACAAUGUUUUAACCAACCAGACCCCCUGCUGGCUCUGUGGUGGAGCAGACCAGACCAGACCAGUGCUGCUGGUGCAAAGAGACUCUGCUGUGCUUCCCAUGAUUAGCUAAUCCACACAAACAAACCACUCUUUCACAUUAGUUAGUUAGUUAGUUAGUUAGUUAGUCAGUAGUUUAGUAAGUAGCCUCUGUCACCAGAUUUUACCUUAGAGCGAAGACUGGGAGUCUGUGGCUAGUAGUUUAGAUUAGCUUAAUAGGUCUGUACCUGUAAAAGAUAUGGCUGUGUAAAUUAAUGGAUUUACCAGCAGCAGGGCCACUUCUCCCAUGUACUGUGUAACCAAGCCAACAUAAAAAACAAAAAAAACAAUACUCUUUAAAUAAUUAUUAUAAUGUCCAACUACUUACUAUGUCUACGAUAGAGCAUGUUCUACUGAACAACUGUCAAAGUGAUAUCAAUCAUGGCUGCUGAGGUUGUUUGUUUUGCCUUUUGGUGAAGUUGUAACCUUUUCCAUUCCCCCCUUUUUAUUAAUUCAAAGGACAUCAGACUAAUUGCUUAAACAGUGCUAAGUCGAGUUUAGGGCUGGGAGUUACUAAUCUCCCACAGCUCAGUAAUCAGUACGAUUACAUGGACAGAGGCGACCUGAUCCUAGAUCAACACUACUUCUCUGAGACUAGUGAUACAUAAGCUGGAGAGUAACAAGAUCGUUGAAACAAGUAGUUCAUGUGUGUAACAUGCAAUAUUCAAGUACAUAUUGCUGUUGGUUUUACAGGGUGGUUGAGGGCACCUGCUAGUCAGAUGUGGUGAGCAAUAUUGUAGAAAGACUAAAAUUAAGCUAUGUGGUGUUUCCUAAGCGGAAUAACUAGGAAAUUAAUCUUAAUUAAAUCAAACAAUUUUGUUCAUUUUAGUACUUCAAUAUUAGAAGCAAAAAUUAUGUUUUUCUAUGUAUCUAUGUUGAAUUUGGGCAGGUGGAACAGCACUGAGCCUGUAAACAACACAUUUCACUUCACCUAUCCGGUGUAUGUUACAAUAAAACAUUAUUAUUUUUAUUUACAUGAUACAAUGUGGCUGUUGGUUUAGAGUUAAUAGCGUUAAAAGAUAUGGUUUGUAUUGCCUUUGAGAUAUUAUAAAAUGUUGCCGUUAAUAUGGAAAGGUACCAUAGCUCUUUAUAGUAAAAUGUUUUACUGACAUUGUCAGCUAGAAUAACAGUGUAAUGCAUCCGGCAGUAGAAUUGAUAGACAUAAUUGCUGCAUGUAAUACUUUUUCAGGACUACAUGAAAGAGACACUAUUAUUAAUGGAGAUAAAUCACAUAACUCUUAGUCAAACAUUCAAUUUCUUGUAAAAUAAUAAGUACAAUACGUAGAGUAUUCGGGGGCAAAUUAAUUACAAUUCUAGCUAGGCUACAUUUUGCGACAAGGAUUCUCCUAACUUUAGUGUUAUUGAAUAUAUUAGUGAAAGGCUACAGUAUUAUGUUUCUCAGUGCCUACUUUUCCUACUAAUUGAUUGAAGUUGAGAUGUUGCUGAUUCUGAAAUGCUCUUGACUUCAAGUAAUGAAAGUCAAUGAUAAGACUGACUGUGGACUGUGAAGAAUUUGGCUCUAGGAUUUUUGGUUUACUUGCAGCCAUCAAUAGACCUUUUCAACCUAUACCUACAGUACCAGGAUGUUUGCUGCAGAAUUCUCAACCUUAAACCUACUGUUCCUCUGGAGCUAGGAGAGAGGAGCUCUCUCUCUUACCUCCCUGUGUAGUGCUGUUUAUUAGUCGUUGUAUGUGGCAUAAAACAAGGAUUUGACCUGGAUGUUACCUUAAGGACUAUUUCAGGUAGAUUGUAGAUUUGAGUUGUAUGUUCUUUUUUUUUUAUCAGUAUUAUAUUUAUUUAAAUUCAAAUGAUAGUGUUUUAAUGACAAGUUAAUGCCUCUGCUAUAUGUUCGACAUCAUAAGAAAGAAAAUGUGUAUUGUUUGUGGACACACUGUUUACAAAUGCCUGCGAUACUUGACAUCUGUCAAUACAAAUUGUGAAAAAUAAAUAAAUAGUGUAUUGAA